GAAGACGAUCGGCGAGGAGAAGGCUCGGUUGCGCAAGCGAGCCAAGGAACUGGCCGCCUCGUCGACCUCGUCGAUAAAGGUCCAAGACCCGCAGAGCGCGGCGGACAUCAUAGCGGAGCUCAAGUCGGCAGUGCUCGGCCACGCCGAGGAGGAGGAGAGUCAGAACCUUCUGGAGGAGAAGCCGGUGACCUCGACCGUCAAGACGCAGGAUGGGAUCGAGACGAAGGUGCUCGGGGACCUGGCCAUGGCCCUGCGCCACGCCGACUCCUCGGUCGAGAGCAACGCCGAGGUGCCUCGCCGAUGGGGGAAGAACAACGCCAGCUACGAGCUCGCCCAGCAGCUGGUCGUCGACGAAGGGGUCAUCGAGGCCAAUCCUCAAAUCCACAAUUCGCCCAAUCGAGGGCGACGCGUCCUCAACAACGCAAGCUACGAGCUGGCCCAGCAGAACGACCUCAUGAGGAACCUGUCCGUCCACCUGGUGAACCCAAACUUCCGCAUGGGAACGUGCAAGGAGGUAAACGAGGUGGUCGACCACGAGGAGGAGGAGGAGGAGGUGAAGGUGGCGGCGCAGCGGCCUCCGUCGCGGGCGUACUCCAAAUCAACGGAAAACGUGCAGUCCUCGUCGACGAAGAGGCAGCAGUGUCGCGUGAUGCAGGAGACCUCGUUGCUCGGGAGGGCAAAAAAAAACUCGGUUUAUUUUUCGCCCACUGGAGAAAACGAUUCUGGUAGGCCGAGCCUCAACGCCGCUUCCAGUCCCUGCGUUAUGACCCUAGACGACGAGGUAGAUUAUCCCUGCUUAUUGGAAAACAAACCCCUAGUUAUGGAGCACAAGUAUUCGAUAGAAGAGACGAUGAAAAAGUACAACAACGACGACUACAACUACGAGGAUGACAUAUCGAGGCGGCGAAACGACAACGCGAACCAAGAAGAGGAGGAGGAGAUCGGUAAGAAAUCGUUAAUCGGCGGAGUCUCCAGCAAGAGCUGCGAGGACAUGAGAGGUGGCAAAACAUCGGCAAUAAGAGGCGAGAGGCUGUGGAGGGUCGUGGUGGAGAAGGAGAAUCACAGCGGUGAUGGUUCAUCAGCGGCGCGACGGCCGGCCUAUCCCCCACCACCGGCACCGCGGCAGCAGCGCGCCGGCUCUCCUCCGGAAUCGGCGGCAAGCAUCAGUUCUCCAGCAGCGGCCGUGCGGAGCGAAGGCGGCAUCGCGACAACCACCACCACCACCACCAGCAGCACUUGCAUCAAGAGCGGCAGUAGUAGCAGCAGCAGCAGCAGCAGCGGCUUCGUGUCGGAUAACAACAGUGCUCAGCCGCGCGAGCACGAGGAAGCCGGCACGGUGCAGCCGAGGGCGGUCGAGAUGUCGGCCACGGCGGCCAAACGGCUCGCCAUGUCCGGAGAGCCGACCCACCAUCAUUACAACAAUCAACAACAACAACAAUUGGUCAGGAGUACCAGCAGCAUGAACACCCUGAACACGAGCACGAGCAGCGUAAGGGGCGAGGAGAAGAAAAAGGGUGGCUUCGGUGGCUUCCUGCAGCGAUUCUCAAAGCUGAGGUUCAGCAGCAGGUCGAAGGUACCGAGAUCCGAGCUGCAGCCGAAGAACAAGGGCCACAGUGCCAACAGUGCCAACAGUGUGCGUGACGGUGGUGGUCGUGGUGUCGGUGGUGUCGGUGGUGGUGGUUACGUUAGUGGCGCGAACGUGAGUGCUGACGCCCAGGGGAAGCAACAGGCGGUCGGGAAGAAAAAGGAGCCGGACUACAUCAUCAUACCCCUGCAUCCGCCUGAGGACGAGAGGAGGGACGAGCAGGAUAAACCGGAGCAGAGGACCGCGCCGUUGAACAACACGCUAAACGGGAGGCCGCCAGUGUGCAGUGGGAAGAAGCCACCCCUGCCGCCCCAAUCGCUGCGCACGAGUUCAUCGGCGAGCUCCGGUGGCGUUGGGUACACAAGCGGCUACGGCUUCGGCGGCGUAACAAGCAGCGUAGGCGUAGCUGGCACAUCGUCGCGCAGACGCGCCGCCACGGACCUCGGCAACCCGGCGGCCAUCGAGAUGGCGAAGGCGCGCGCCGCGAUGCUCGCCGGCCAGGAUCACCCGCAGCACCACCACCAACAGGAGAAUCAGCGCCAGUACCAACACCAGCACCACCAGCAACAGUACCCGCCCAGGCCGGUCGGCCUCCUCGAGACGGACCUCGACGCGCCCGUCGAUCCCGAGGAGGCCAAAAAGGCCCGCAGCCUCCUCAACCUGAACCACCACCACAACGGACACCCGCCAUCCACCCUACAGCACCACCAAGCUCCGGCACUCUCGAUAGCCGGGCCCGAUGGUCUGCUGCGCUGUGGCGACGACGACGCGCUGCUCCUUGACCACGACGACGUGGAAAUCGACGUGGCCGACGACCACGACAACGAGGAUGUGAGCAACGGUGGUGGCCCGAGCUGCUGCAGAGCAGCCGCGAACAAUCACCACCACCACCAACAUAGAGCCAAGCAGGUGGUCGAGACGGCCGCUGCCCACCAGCGCCCACACAAAUCCAUGGAGUUCCUCCUCGACAAGGAGAACCUACACUUUGUCAAGCGGGCGUCGAUCGCGUACGACGUUAACCCAUUCCCGUUUGACGAUAGGCCAAGAAUAAUAAUACGCACCCAAUCCUGUGAUCACGACAACAAGGACGACGCGUGGUGCGGUGGGAGGAUAAAGAGGAUAACGAGGCCGCCGGAGAACGAGCUGCAGAAGGUGGGCGAGCGCACGCCAUCGGAGCACGAGCUGAGGGUGCAGCGCUCGCUGCAACGACUGAACGUCCCGGAUUGGUACAAGAAUUCGUCGGCGGCGCGGGACGGCGGUGGCUUCCGACUCAAGAGGCACUCGGACGCUUCGCAGCACGGCGGCUGGCGCGCCCUCGGCUCGAAGACCACCUCCCUGUCCUCCCUCUCCUCGUCUUCCAAUCGGCAGCCGACCGCAGGUACGCUUUUGAGCCCGAGCCCGACCCCACCCGCGUUCUCGAGAUGGAGCACGAGUCUGCUCAACAGUGCCGGCAGCUCACCCGCGAGCUCGGCCCGCUCGUCCUUCAACCUGCGACAGCCCUACCUCGGCUGGCGCUCCCAGGAGCGACUCGCCAAUCCACGCACCCCAGCAGAACGACUCGCCCAGGGCAUCCUGCCGCAACUGCAGAACGCGAACAAGCAGCAGCCGCAGCAGUCGCCGCAGCAGUCCCAGCCUGCGGCGGGUCCGGCCGGGAAUCAGACAACGAAUCAGGAGGUGCGGAACUCGAUAAAGGAGGUCACCUCGGCCAUUGUGCACUACGUGCAGAGCGGCCAGGAGGUCGUGAGCGGCAGCCUCUCGCCGAGGCCCGAGUGGGACGACGCGCGCUCGAGGUCUAUCAGUCCGCGAGGGAGUACACGACUGGUCUGGAUGGAAAGCUCGUUCGUGGGCGUGCGGCCGGUCGAGUCGCCGCCGGAGGUGCCGGCCAGCAUGACAUCGGCGGCCACCGCGUCCCCGGGCCGGGUGCCCUCGCCGUCGCGCUCCUCGCUUCUCGAGCACUCCGCGGCCACCUCGUCGGCCCUCGGGGCCAACUUGACCCUGACGAGCCUCCGCAGUGGACCCACCGGGGAGACGAGCGAGGACGGCUCGACCCCCGGGGUCUGCGGCCCCGACGGCUUCGCCAGCCUCAGCGGCGGCUCCACGGCCGGUAGCAACAACAACCUCUUCCUCGACCUCGCCCAAUCGCCCCGCGCCGACGAACCGAGCCUCCUGCCACAGGACCACCGACACCGCCAGCGCUGCCACCGCCGACAACCCGACCAGGACUCGGCUAAUGGUAGCCUCCACCGGGCCAAGGAACGACUCGAGUCUCCCUCGCCCACCCACCACCACCAGCAGCACCACCACCAGAGCAGACACCGCCAGAGGGCCGAGCCCGAGGAGCACCAGCACCGCCAGCACCAAGAAUCACAACAGCAGCAACACCAGCGUGGGCAUUACGAGGAGUCGUCGUCGGUCGUUGCUGCCGCUGCUGCGAUGACAACGUGUACUGCAGAUGGUGCCGUGAUAGCCGUCAACGAGACCAUGGUUGGAGUGACCACAGCGCCAACGAUCACCGAGACCGAGCGUGAAAUGAACGUGCUACUCUGGAGCAAGCCCAGUCCAGGCUCGACAACCCUCGAGGACGUGCUCGACUCGCUGCUUGGCCUACCCCCGGCCUCGCGGACUCCGAGCCCCGGCUCCGGGCACCACCAUCACCACCACCACCACCAUCAUCACAAUCAACACCACCACCACCAUCACCAUCAGCCCCACCAUCACCACCACCACCAUCAGCAGCAGCAGCAUCAACACCAACAUCACCAGGAUGCCACUCUGCCUGGCUCGCCCUCCCGGCACGUCUUUGUUGUCCAAACAGCAGCUGCCAGUAGCGGAGGGCAAAAGCAGCGCGCCCAGUCUAUGGAACCUCAGGCUUCCCGGGCACCCCUCCAACGCCGCCAAAGCGAGGGCAGCGACCACAAACACCACCGCCACCAGCAGCAGCAGCAUCAUCGCCAGCGGCGCGUGAGCUUCGACAGCGCCAGCAGCCUCGAGAACGUCAACAACAACGAGCGCCUCGUCCGCUGCCGUAACGGCAAGUGCACCAAUUCGGCGGCCCUGGCCGAGGCCCGGCGCACCUACAAACGCUGCCACAACUGCUCGGCCCUGUACUGCUGCCGCGAGUGCAGGCGCGCCCACUGGCACCACCACAGGCGCACCUGCCUCUACUCCCGGGCGAGCAACCUCUGCAUCCAGGUGCUGUCGUGCAUCAAGCGGGACCGUAGCUGCCUGAAACACGUGUCCCUGGUGGCGCGCCGGGGCAUGGCCGCCCACGGCCGGGGCGCGGUCAAGUGCUUCUUCGCGAGCCCCGAGGCAGCCGAGCAGUUCAUACGGGGGGGCUUCAACGAGCUCGGGGAGCCGAGCUACGCGCGCUGGUCGGACGUCCUGCCGAGCGAGAUGGGCGCCGAGCUGUACGCCGAGGCGGUGAGGCUGUGCGAGUCGUACAACCCGGAGACGCGGCUGAUAGUCGUGGUGUCGGUGUGCGUGGUGCGGGAGGUGCCGACCAGCGGCCCGGUCAAGUGGGAGCGCCAGCCGAUCUCGCGGUGCGCCAAGCUGAAGCUCGAGGCCUCGUGCCGGCAGCUGGUGGCGUCCCAGCCGUGCAAUGACGACGAUGGGGCGGGUGAGUCCCCCGAGACUCUGGUGCUGUUGACGCGGGAGGACGGGGGGGCUCUGUGCUCGCGCGACGUGUGCCUCGCCAACGUGCAGCGGCAGCUCAAGCGGCGCGGGGUGUCGUUGCGCCGGCACUUUCCCCAGACUUACGCCAAGCUGAGGGCGUACGUCGACGGUGGGGCGGACAAACUCGCCCCCGUUACCAUAUACCCGAGGGACCAGAGCACGGGCAGGAGCUUCGCGUGCAUCAUCAUGCUCGACGCCGAGGAGGACAAGCUGCGGCUAUUGCCCCAAGACUCGUCCAGGGUCAAGACCGUCGACGUUGGCGUUGUUUCGGCCGACGCUGACGCUGCCGCGGAGACGGAGUAG